AUAAAAUUCAAAUUAAAUCAACGAAGAUCAUGAAAGGAAGUAAUGGAAGAAAGGACAGAGACGAGGACCUUCUUCUAUUCAGGGAGUUGCAUAAACGUGAAAAAGAUAGUGUUGCCAGCCUCCUUCAGCCCGUUUCCGAUGAGUUUGAGCCCAACGGUGGUAUUGGGAAUUAUGCACUGUACAGAAUUGCAUCUGGGAAGAAAGGAUCUGCAUAUGAAUUGUAUGGCGAAAACGACAAAAGUGAUUAUAAUUGGUUAAAAACGCCACCGGCAACUCCUCUGUUUCCUUCUCUAGAAAUGGAAGCAAAUGCCACACAACUAGUCCUUCAACGCGAGCUACCCAUUGCUCAACCUCCUUCGCGGUUUGCAGGCAGUGCAAAGGUAUUAUCGAAACCAAAUACCGGAUCACCAAAAUCUCCUAAUAAUUCAAAACUAAAGAUGAUCCCUUUGAGACCUGUGACCCUUGGGAGUAAAAGAUCAAGUCAAACUAACAAUACUAAUGUAAUAAACCCAGAAUUGACUCAUCCCAGUGAACCAACAAAUACAUCAAAAUCCAAUAAACAAAAAGAGACUCAGACUGCAGCAAGAAUUUAUAUCGCAGGAACAGGAUCAGAUUCAAAAAGAAAGCCUAUAAGUAGUAGUUUAAGGUCCAAAAUUCCAGUAGGAUUUUCCAGCGAUACCCCUCCCAAUCUAAAGACAGAUCGAGCUACUUCUGCUACGCGAAGUCGACCUGUAGCAAGUAACCUAACUGCAUCAACUCUCCAAAAACCACUUCCCUCAAGAAGGCAGUCAUGCUCACCAAGCGUCACUAGGGGUAGAAAAGAAAAUGAAGAUAAUUUUGUAACUCGUAAAGGAAAGAUUCAAAAUGGAACUCACAUGUUUGGGAGUAGGAUAGUAGACAAGGUGAUGAAUGUCAGAAAAUUGAGCACCCAAGAAAGAGGGCAAAAGCCCAAACUUCAAACUACUGCUACUUCUGAUUCUGGAACUACUUUUGGCACUGAUUUUGGAAGGAUGAUCAUGUCGAGGAGUUCACUGGACAUGGCUCUCAACCAACUGGAAAAAAAAUGAGAUGCUAAUAAUUUUUGCCAGUUUGGGUUUGUCCCAGGAAGAAUGUACACUCUGGAGUAAAUCGAUUGAUAAAGGUCUUUAGUUAUACAUAUACAUUUGGUCGGAAACAAAGAAAAAGUUUGUAGUCCAUUUACACAUAUUAUAUAACUAGUUUGUUGAACGGUGUUUGUA